GGGGCGCGCAGACGCGCGAAGACCGGCCGCCCCGGGCACGCCGGGCGGGGGUGGGGGCCGCGGCGCUCGGGUCCUGCAGCGCUCGCCGGGCCACUCGCGCUCCCGCGCCGCGCCCGGCCGGCUUCAUGUGAAGCGCUGGCCCUCCGCCCCCUCCCUCCCCUUCCUUCCCUCCCUCCCUCCCUGUCCCCUCCUCCUCCGGCGCCCGCUCCCGCUCCCCCGGGCCCCCAGCCCGGCCGAGCGCUGACAGCAAGGGCGGGGGUCCCUGCCGCCGCCGCCGUGUCUCACACAGGCUCCGGCUGGGGCAGAGGAGCCCCCGGUGCGGCCAUGAACCGGCCCCUGACGGCGUCGGCAGAGGCGGAGGAGGAACUGGAGUGGCAAGUGGCAAGUCGCAGGAGGAAGGCCUGGGCCAAGUGCCGCAGCUCCUGGCAGGCGUCGGAGACGGAGGAUCUGUCCACAGAAGCGACGACUCUGGACGAGGACGAGGACGACGAAGAGGACCUCCCCGGCGCGAAGCUGCCUGCACCCACGGGGAGAGGAAACGUGCCCAACGAGAAGAUCGCGAUAUGGCUCAAGGACUGCCGUACACCUUUGGGAGCCUCACUGGAUGAGCAAAGCACUGGGACACUGAAGGGUGUGCUUGUGAGAAAUGGAGGAAGUUUUGAAGAUGAUUUGUCAUUGGGAGCUGAAGCCAACCACCUCCAUGAAAGUGAUGCUCAAAUUGAAAACGGCAGUAAUAUCUUGGCCAAAGAGAGAAGACUUCAGUUUCAUCAGAAAGGGAGAAGUAUGAAUUCUACUGGGUCUGGGAAAAGCAGUGGGACAGUCUCAAGUGUUUCAGAAUUAUUGGAACUUUAUGAGGAAGAUCCUGAAGAAAUUCUUUAUAAUCUUGGAUUUGGACGAGAUGAACCAGAUAUUGCUUCUAAAAUUCCUUCCAGAUUUUUUAAUUCUUCAUCAUUUGCAAGAGGGAUAGAUAUUAAAGUAUUUUUGAGUGCUCAAAUGCAACGGAUGGAAGUAGAAAACCCAAAUUAUGCUUUAACAAGCCGCUUUCGUCAAAUUGAAGUGCUUACUACUGUGGCCAAUGCGUUUUCUUCUUUAUAUUCCCAAGUCUCUGGGACUCCCCUUCAGAGAAUUGGAAGUAUGUCCUCAGUGACCUCUAACAAGGAGACAGACUCGCCUCCACCUUUGACUCGAAGUAACACUGCAAAUCGUUUAAUGAAAACACUAUCAAAACUGAAUUUAUGUGUUGAUAAAACAGAGAAAGGAGAAGGUAGCAGUUCUUCCCCAGCUAUUGAAAAAGGAAAGAUUCCAAAUGUUUCAGUGAUCGAAGAAAGUGGCAAUAAAAAUGAUCAGAAAUCUCAAAAAGUUGUAAAGAAGAAAGACUCAUCUUCUAUGUUGGCUACUGUUAAAGAAGAAGCUUCAGGUGUUUCUGCAGUAGUUUUGGAGAAUGCUGACACUGACAGACUUUCUGAUGAAGCAAAUAGUAAAUAUUUUAACCAAAAAACUGAAAGUGAACAGAGUAAAGAGACUCAAAGUCAUGAGAGUAAAUUGCCUGAGGAGUCUGUUGUAGAAAUGUCCCGCCACAGUGAGUUAGAAAACAGCAGUGAGCUGAAAAAUGUCCCCACGUCUGCACUUGAAAAAGAGCCUUGUGCACCAUUGACAAUCCCAUCCAUAAGAAAUAUAAUGACACAACAGAAGGACUCCUUUGAAAUGGAAGAGGUUCAGAGUACAGAGGGAGAAGCUCCUCACAUCCCGGCCACUUAUCAGCUGGGUCUCACCAAGUCCAAAAGAGAUCAUCUGCUACGUACUGCAAGUCAGCAUUCUGAUAGCAGUGGUUUUGCUGAAGAUUCCACAGACGGUCUCUCCCUAAAUCAUCUUCAGGUUCAUGAGUCCCUGCAAGCCAUGGGGAGUAGUGCUGAUAGUUGUGACAGUGAGACAACAGUCACAUCAUUUGGUGAAGACCUUGUUACACCAACAGCACAAGACCAACCUUAUUUCAAUGAAUCAGAGGAGGAAUUUCUUACCCCUCGUCAGAAGGAAGGAAGAGCCAAGGCAGCAACGGUUGCUGAAUGUGGGACUGUUGAGAAUACAGGAAAUAAGCAGUCUACCUGUAGUCCAGAGGAUCACGUUACUCAAAGUACCAAAAUAGAAGAGGGUUUGUCUCCAGCACAGACAGUAGAGCUGAUGAGGGAAACAAGUGGUGAAAGUGAUGUGGAUAAAAAAAGUGAUGUGGAUAAAAGCAGCGAAUGUGAAUUUACCCAGUACACCACACAUCAUAUUCUGAAAUCGUUGGCUUCCAUUGAAGCUAAAUGCAGUGAUCUGAGCUCGGAAAGUACAAUGGGGCCUCCUUCUUCUGUGGACAGAGUUAAUACAGCUUUGCAAAGAGCUCGAAUGAAGGUGUGUACUCUGUCAGGUCAAAGAGUAGGGCGUAGCCUGAUAAAAUCAAAAGAUCUGUUAAAACAAAGGUACUUGCUUACCAAAGCUGGCUAUCCUCUAAGAAGGUCUCAGUCUUUACCGACAACUUUAUUGAGCCCAGUGAGGGUUGUGUCUUCUGUCAACGUUCGUUUGUCUCCAGGGAAAGAAACCAGAUGCAGCCCACCUUCCUUCACCUAUAAAUAUACACCUGAAGAGGAACAGGAAGUGGAAAAAGGGGUGACUGAGCAUGACCAUCAGUCAUUGGUUAAAUCCACCAUUUUCAUCUCUCCAUCAUCUGUGAAGAAAGAAGAAGCCAACCAGAGUGAGGUGACCCAUUUGGAAGAAUGCCAUCAUGGAAGGACUCCUGCACAGAUAUCUCAGUCCACCUGCUCCCUUCACUCUGUCCACUCUGAGUGGCAGGAAAGGCCCCUGUGUGAGCACAUGAGAACUCUGAGCACACACAGUGUUCCUAACAUCUCAGGUGCCACCUGCAGUGCCUUCCCCUCCCCUUUUGGGUGUCCUUACUCACACAGACAUGCUGCUUACCCUUACCGAGCAUGCUCUGUGAAUCCUCCUUCUGCCAUAGAAAUGCAGUUGCGAAGAGUGUUGCAUGAUAUUAGAAACUCACUUCAGAAUCUUUCACAGUACCCUAUGAUGAGAGGACCUGAUUUUGCUGCUGCUCCAUAUAGUACUCAGAAAUCAUCUGUUCUACCUCUUUAUGAAAAUACUUUUCAGGAGCUUCAAACAAUGAGGCGGAGCCUGAAUUUGUUUAGAACACAAAUGAUGGAUUUAGAGUUGGCAAUGCUGCGUCAGCAAACCAUGGUUUAUCACCACAUGACUGAGGAGGAAAGGUAUGAAGUUGAACAACUGCAGAGUUUGAGAAAUUCAGUCCGAAUGGAACUUCAGGACCUGGAGCUUCAGCUGGAGGACCGCUUGCUGGGCCUGGAUGAACAGCUUCGGGCUGUGCAGGUGCCUUCUCCUUUCCGCUCCUCAGCACUUGUGGGGAUGUGUGGCAGUAGAAGUGCUGAUAACUUGUCAUGUCCUUCUCCGCUGAAUGUAAUGGAACCAGUCACUGAACUGAUGCGAGAACAGUCAUACUUGAAGUCUGAAUUGGGCCUUGGACUUGGAGAAAUGGGAUAUGAAAUCCCUCCUGGAGAAAGCUCAGAAUCAGUUUUCUCCCAUGCAACAUCAGAGUCAUCUUCUGUGUGUUCUGGUCCCUCUCAUGCUAACAGAAGAACUGGAGUGCCUUCGGGUGACUCAGGGGGAAAACACAAAGCCCAUUUUGUGGCAAGAAAGAAAGUAUUCCGAGCAUCAGUGGCUCUAACACCAACUGCUCCUUCUAGAACAGGCUCUGUGCAGACGCCUCCAGAGCUGGAGAGUUUUGAAGAAGUUGAAGCAGCUGAAGAAGGCUCACGGGUUGUAAGACCUAAGUCUGAAGUGGAAGAAGGGCCUGAAAAACUGCCCCCGAUGCUAGCUUCAGAGGAAAUGCAUAGAAAUGUGGAGCAGAACGAGUUGCAGCAAGUCAUACGGGAGAUUAAAGAGUCAAUUGUUGGGGAAAUCAGAAGGGAAAUUGUAAGUUGACUUUUAGCAGCAGUAUCUUCAAGUACAGCAUCUAAUCCUAAGCAAGAUAGUAAUUAAGUGGAAUUUUUAGGUGGGCAUGGAUCCUGUUAGUUGUGACUAUUGGAAUUAUCGAUGAUAUACACUGGUGGAGGUGUWAUCUGUACUUCAGAAGAUACUGUCUGCUGAGCGAGGCUACUGUAUACAGUGUACAGUGUGUAUCUCCCCUAUGCAUAUCUUUCAAAAAACAUACAUAGAAACUAGGCACUUUGCUGAUUAUUUCUUUUCUAAUCUCUCAAAACUGUAGCAAUUUGGGAAAGACUAAUAUUUAUUUGUAUGUCGAUAUUUUUCCAAUUGAUUCCCUAUGUAGAAUUAAUUAUAAAACUUGAAGACUUCCAAACAUAACCAAUUUAUAAAUAACAUAUUUCUUCAGACUAGCUUCUUAYAACACUGACCUCUAUGAGGUAUUUACUGUGCAAUAACUGAUUCAUUUUUUGAGAGCUUGAAGCAACCAAUGAUUUUCCCUCCACUGCUGUUAAUUAGUGUCACUUUCAAGAAGACAAACUGUUCUGUUGUAAAAAUUGCUCUUAUUCUUGAGGAGGCUACUAAUAGCAGUAGGUUAAAAUUAUAUGAGGUUACCUACAACUACUCAAUGUUCUUACACUGUAARCCUCAUUGCUUUACCCCAAACAAAUGUAAUUUUAUUACAGCUUACGUAGUAUUUUUCUUUUGGAAAUGUGCCUUAUGUUAAUAAACACUAUGUACUUUUUGCGUUGUCCAGACUUCUUCUUAUAAGGAGAUGUUUCUUCUUCUGUGUUUUAAACUACAUAAUAUUGUCAAAAUAAUGGGGCCUUUGACUUGAAUGGAUAGAAAUGAAUAAGCUGGUUUUUUGUUUUUUCAAAAUGGAAGUAAUUUAGAGUUGUUCUCCUCAUAUAUAAAUGAUUUUAAUUUGGUUUUAACCAGUCAAAACUUUGUUUAUAUGAAAGAAAAAGGAAAAUGGUUUCCUAUUUGGCUUUACAUGUGUUAAAUAAAUGUGAAAAGUAACAACCAAAUGUCAUUGGAAUUAUUCUUUCAGCAUUUAUAAUUUUCAACUCCUCUUACAUUUCUUUGUGUGUGAAAUUUUAAUUGAAAGUGGUUGAGAUGUUAACAGUGUUCUUUGAAAGAAUAUAUAAAAGGUUUAUAAUGUUUGAAAUACCACACAAAGGUUGAUUUCUAAAAAACCUAUAUUAAAACAAUAAAAUAUUUAUUUUGCCUAAAA